AUGUCCAACAUCUUCGAUGAUUUCAAGGAAGGCCAGAAGAUCGGCUCUGGUGCCCGCCUGGCGGCAUCUCUCUCCCCAGUCGCGACUGCGGAGUACCCCGACCGUCUGAAGUCAUUCUACUACUUUUCUAACGCCGUACAUGUUUCCGCCGACCUCCGAUACUCGCUCUUUCAAGCAAAUGGCCUGAAGCUUCCCAAGCAAGAACAGAACUCGUGGGUCGACAUCUUUACCGCUUAUUGGAAAGCCGUGGGGGAGAUUGUUCGAUUCGACGACUCCCCCAGACAUGCUAGCUGGGUGAAAGUAUUUGAUGCGUGGAAGGAUACGGCAAAUCAAUUGAUUAGGGGCUACUCAACAGGCAGUCUGCAAGCCUGGACGGUGCCAUGCUUGUACUCUGUCGGAAGAUAUUUGCGGGCCUUCGCCAUGAAGGCCGAUGCUGAGCUUUCUGCCCAAGACUCCGUCACUUUCGACGAUCGCUUUCAAGAUGAUGCGACGGAUGCCAAGAAUCCAAAGCUGGAGGAAGCUACACGGGUGCUUAACAGGAUGUUUACUUUGUGUCUAAGUGACCGGGCACCAAUCGAGGAAUCGCGAAAAUGGGGCAUCUACGACACUACAAACCUGCUGUUCAAGACAUACUUCAAACUCAACACCGUUGGCCUUUCUAAGAACUUGCUGCGUGCCCUCAAUGCCUCGUCUGCCGACCUUCCCAGCUUGGACGCCUUUCCCAAGUCUCACAUCGUCACCUUUGAGUACUACGUCGGUGUCAUACACUUUCUGGAUGAGAAUUAUGCGGAAGCUGAAGAGCAUCUGUCGUACGCAUGGAGGAUGUGCAACAAAUCUGCGACGAAGAAUAGAGAGUUGAUUCUCACCUACCUCGUUCCCUGCCAUCUUGUCACCACACACACUUUGCCCAGCAAAAAGCUUCUUGCACCGUUCCCUCGUGUAGAGAAGCUCUUCCGUCCAUUGUGCGACUGUAUCAAAAAGGGAGACCUGCGCGGGUUUGAUGCCGCGAUGACAGCUGGAGAGGAAGAAUUCGUCAAGAGGCGCAUAUACUUACCCCUGGAAAGGGGACGCGAUAUCGCUCUACGGAACCUCUUCCGCAAGGUCUUCAUCGCCGGUGGAUUCGACGAACCCAAGGAAGGACAGCCUCCUAUUCGUCGCACACGGGUUCCCGUUGCCGAGUUCGCAGCGGCGUUAAGGAUCGGUACUCAUGCUGACGAUCGGUCCCGCGUAGACAUUGAUGAGGUUGAAUGUCUGCUGUCAAACCUUAUCUACAAGGGACUAAUGAAAGGAUACAUUGCCCGUGAACGCGGCAUGGUUGUAUUGAGCAAAGGUGGCACCGCAUUCCCUGGAACGGGGGUUUAG